AUGGAUUCCUCAAUUAGAAAACAAACUUCUUCACAGACUACUACUACAGAUAAAGCAGCUGGAAAUGUACUUGUUAGUAGAGUAUCAGAUAUUAGAACAGUUAAGUCUGCGCAUGGUGACCCAAUCAUGUUUGUUGAUGCCAGUGCGGCUGUUUCUGACCAACAAGUCUUGGCAGAAAUCGGGUAUAAGGAAGAACUUAACAGAGAAUAUUCUACACUUCAAAUUUUCGGUAUAGCCUUCUCCAUUAUGGGGUUGCUACCUUCUAUUGCAUCUACUCUGGACGGUGGUUUGACAAGUGGUACUGUUGGUUGUGUGUGGGGUUGGCUAUUAUCAAGUAUAUUAAUUUUAACAAUCGGUAUUGCCUUGGCAGAAAUUAGUUCGAGUUUGCCAACAGCUGGUGCCGUGUACGUGAGUUGUUAUAUGUGGGCACCCAAAAACUGUAGAAAAUCGUUGAGUUAUGUUGUUGGGUUUUUAGAUACGUUAUCAUUAAGUGCAUCAGUUUGUUCUAUCGUUUAUGGGCUAGCGGAACAAAUCUUGAGUGCAGUAACUGUUUCGAAUCCAGACUUUGAAGUUACAAAUCCUAGAACUUACGGUGUUUUUGCUGCAUGUGUUCUUAGCAUGGCAUUGAUCAGUUCUUUAGCAUCGUCCUUCACUGCCAAGCUACAAACUACUAGUAUUAUUUGCAAUUGUGGUCUAAUUCUUUUGUUUUUCAUUGCUGUACCGGUCGGUGUUAAGAGAUCUGCUACGCUUGACUACAAGUUUAAUGAUGGGAAAUUUAUCUUUGGAAACACUUAUAACAGUUCCAAUUGGAGUUAUGGAUGGCAAUUCUUUGUGGCUGGUUUUAUGCCAGCUCUAUGGACAAUUGGUGCAUAUGAUUCCUGUGUGCAUCAAAGUGAAGAAGCAAAAGAUGCUGUCAGAGCUGUCCCUAUCGGUAUCAUUGGUUCUAUUUCAGUUUGUGGUCUAUUAGGCUUUUUGUUGAUGAUAGAGAUUUGUGCCUGUAUGGAUCCAGACAUUGACUCGCUUUUAAAUUCCCCUUAUGGACAGAGUAUGACACAAAUUAUUUAUGAUGCAUUAGGAAAGCGUUGGACUUUAGCAUUUUUAAGUUUUUUUAUUAUUUGUCAAUAUUUGAUGGGUGCCUCUACAGUGGUUGCUGUAUCUAGACAAUUUUGGGCUUUUUCCCGUGAUGACGGUAUUCCUGUCUUUAGUGAGUUUUUCAAAAAAGUUGAUCCUAAAGUCAAUGUUCCUGUUAGGGCUGUUUGGGGAUCCACAGGGUUGGCCUUAGCCUUGGGUUGUUUGUGUUUUGCCGGGGAUGAUGCUGCUAAUGCUUUGUUUUCGUUAUCUGUUGCAGGUAUGUAUAUGGCUUUGAUUAUUCCAAUUACGUUGAGAUUGACUUAUGGCAGAAAAGAUUUUAGACCAGGUCCAUUUUAUCUAGGUAAAAUCCUUAGUCCAAUAGUAAAUUGGAUUUCCGUUGCAUACCAAGCAUUUGCUAUAAUGUUAACCAUGUUUCCCGCUCAGAAUCAAGGUACUGAUAAAGAUACUAUGAAUUAUACUGUUGUCAUUGGACCAGGCUUUUUAGUGAUAUCCAUGGUAUAUUAUUUUGCAGUGCAACGGAAAUAUUAUCAAGGUCCUAAAUCAAACUUGAGUGAUGAGGAAUAUACAAAAUACGUGGGAGAAGAUGUUAUCGAUGCUAUUAUAUCCUCUAACAUCGAAUCGAACCAAGAUGCAGCUGCCUGA